AUGAAGGUGGGUUUGUCCAAUUUGGCCAUAGUCGUGGUACCAAUAUUGUUGUUAAGCAGCUUGAGUCUGCAAGCAGUGGAGGGAAUCAGAUUUGUGAUAGACAGAGAAGAGUGCUUCUCUCAUAAUGUUCAGUAUGAAAGGGACACAAUCCAUGUUUCUUUUGUUGUCAUCAAGAUUGAUUCAUCCUGGCAAUAUACUGUAGAAGGUGUUGACAUUGUGGUAAUGGGACCUUCUGGUGAAAAAGUUCAUGAACUUAUGGACAAGACAAGUGAGAAGUUUGAUUUUGUGGCUGCAAAUAAAGGCCUCCAUCGUUUCUGCUUCACCAACAGGUCUCCCUAUCAUGAAACUAUUGAUUUUGAUAUCUAUGUCAGCCACCUCACUGCCUAUGAUCAGCAUGUAAAAGAUGAACAUUUCAAUCCCCUGUUGCAGCAGAUAUCAAAAUUAGAGGAAGCACUUUACAAUAUUCAGUUUGAACAACAUUGGCUUGAGGCUCAAACUGAACGCCAAGCAAUAGCAAACAAUGCAUUGAGCAGCAGAGCUGUGCAGAAGGCAAUUUUUGAAUCUGCAGUACUAAUUGGUGGCAGCUUGCUUCAAGUCUUCCUCCUUCGUCGCCUUUUUGAGCAAAAGGGUGGUCCUCCAAGGGUUUAAAUUCUAAACUUGAUAACUAUCAAUGUAUGU